AUGCGAGGCACAGGGAAGCCUGCGGCUGCUGCCCCACCCCACCCGCCCCCCCUGGGUCCCCCGUGCAGGUCGGCUGACAUCGCCCUGGUAGCCGGUGGCAAUCGGAAGCGCUGGAUCAUCGCCACGGAGAACAUGCAGCCUGGGGACAUCAUCACAAACUCCUCUCGCAUCAGCAGGAUGGCAGUGUCGGCCAAUGAAGGGGACGCCUACCCGCUGGGGGCUCUGCCUGUCGGCACGCUGAUCUGCAACCUGGAGAGCCACCCCGGGAAGGGAGCGCAGUACAUCCGGGCAGCCGGGACAUGUGGGGUGCUGCUGAGGAAAGUGAACGGGACGGCCAUUGUGCAGCUGCCCUCCAAGAGGCAUAUGCAGGUGCUGGAGACCUGCGUGGCCACGGUGGGCCGCGUGUCCAACGUCGACCACAACAAGCGGGUGAUCGGGAAGGCGGGCCGGAACCGCUGGCUGGGCAAGCGCCCGCACACAGGCUUGUGGCAUCGCAAGGGUGGCUGGGCGGGCCGCAGGGCUCCCGCACCCCCACUCAGGCUCUAG